AUGUAUAACAAAGGAGGAAGUAGAGUACAUGAUGAAUUAAGUACAAGAGGGAAUUUGUGGGAGUCAUACAGGAAGGCAAUCACUCGCCGCAAAGAUUUUAAGGGUAGGGUACUUUGGCCAAAUGUGUUCAAAGAUGCAAAGGAGUUCGUGAAAAAAGUGUGUCCAGUGCCAGAUUCAUGCACCAAUCCAGGGUGCACUUCCCGAGGAGCUGCGAUCCAUAACGUCACCAUGGCCAUUCGCCAAUGGGGGAUAGACUUAGUAGGCCCUAUGCCCCCAAGCAAAGGAGGAACCAAGUUCAUCAUCGUAGCCGUCGACUACUUUAUGAAGUGGGCAGAGGCUGAGGCGAUGGUUACAAUAACAACCCAAAGUGUGACGAAGUUCCUGUGGAAGGCAUGA